GCGUCUUUCGACACAGAAGAAUUGUGCACAAUCUGCUAUGCUAUGCCACAGUCUGCGGUGUUUGUCCCCUGUGGUCAUAAAUCAUGCAGGUAUAUAUAGUUCUCUAGAUUGCACGGCUCAAAAGUACAUUGACGAUGACUUCGCAAGCUUUAAUAUCUAUGUAAUAAAUAGUAAUUUUGUUUGUGGAAACACCACGUAAAUUGACCAUUUGCGUAAUAGACUAAAUUUUGAUCUCAACAAAAAUUUCAUUACAGCUUGAAAGAGCAUCACAAAAUUAGUAAUAUUCCAAAGUUUCGUUGCAAAAUGUUGUAAAAUGCGGAAAAUAUAGCCUUGCGAAAUUUGCAAUUUUCAGUCAUUUUAGAUUACAAACGGGAAAUUGACAGCCCCAUUAUUUGGGGCUGUCAAUUUCCCGUUUGUAAUCUAAAAUGACUGAAAAUUGCAAAUUUUGCAAGGCUAUAUUUUCCGCAUUUUACAACAUUUUGUAACGAAACUUUGGAAUAUUACUAAUUUUGUGAUGCUCCUUCAAGCUGUGAUGAAAUGUUUGUCUAGACUUGUUUAGUUCGAAAUUUAGUCUAUUACGCAAAUGGUCAAUUUAUUACUGCAAAGCUUUCGAUCCGUAAGCCUGGAUCUUCAUCAGUGCUAAUAAUAUGUUAUAAUAUAAAUACGAUUAAAAAUUCUUUUAUGUGCAUAUAAAUUGUCCCAACUAGCCUCGUACUCAUGUUAAGAUUUCAAAGGAAUUUCUACCCAGAAGCGAGGCUAGUUGGGCCAAUUUAUAUGCACAUAAAAGAAUUUGUAAUCGGCAGCCAUUUAUGAAAAGGGUGUGUAGUUAUUAGCACUGAUGAAGAUCCGGGCUUACGGAUCGAAAGCUUUCCACAAACAAAACUAUUAUAUGUUUUAUCGCCAUGCAAACAUACAAAGAAUUUAUAUCUAUGGUUUGUAGCUACACAUGACAACCGAGUUAGCAUUUGUUCAAGCGAAGUCCUUCCAGUUAGAUGUUCAAUCUAUUCUUUUUCGUUCUUUUUAGGGCUUGCAUUUCACGACAUCUCAUGAACAGUAAAAUCUGCUUCUUCUGCAAAGAAACCGUGGAAAAAUUUGAAGAUUGCAGCGCUAGCCAGAAAGACGCAACAAAAGACACCAGUUCGUGUGUUAGCCUUUGA